GGCAGUCACGGUCACACUGGUUGCAUUUCGUCCAAAGUUUGCACUUUUAUGUCUUUUGUUUGUGCACGUGCAGAAUAACAUAUAGAUGCGCCGCAACUGAGGCUAGCGGACCUGCCGUACGACAGUGGACAGCGGUUGCAGUUAGCUCUUGAUAGCGGCCGGCCAUGGAUCAAUUCUCGCACGACCUAACGGUGGCCCUCGAGGAGACCUCGCUGAUGGACAGGGCAAGUGGCGUCGGUAGGUGGGGCUCGCGUCGCAGGACACGUUCCACGGGCAAUUUGCCCUGCGCCCCCCAGCCCACGGAGGACUCCUCGAGCAGUCCCACGGAUACGCUGAAUGCCCUGGGCCACCACCAUCAGCAGCAACACCACCACCAUCACCAUCAUCACCACCCAAGUGCUAACGUGGACGGCCUGGACACACACAACCUUAAAUUGCCGGCCAGCGACUCGGACGAGAUGGCGGAGGCUAUGUUGCCACUGCGAUGGCUGCUGCGUCCGGGCGCCCUGGAGUCGGAUUCGCUCAACGAGACCACCUUUAGUCCGGCCAGAUUUUACAAACCCAAUUCACGACGGAAACGAAAGAUCAAACGCAUGUCCAUGGAGUUCGAGUUCAGCAAGGACACACCGCACAGCUUCACGGAGUCGCCGCUCCAACCGGGCAUGCUAAGUGCUACGGGCACGGCCACUGGUACCAUACGGAAGCGCCUGCUUAAGGCGGACGGUCAUCGAUCACAUCUGUUCUUUUGCGGGAAACGCAAGCGCUCCAAUCGCGAUCGGUAUCACGAGCAGGAGACGGGUAAGCUGUACACCUCGCCACAUACCACGCAUAUAAUGGAUAUGGAGCAGCAGCACCAGCAGCAGCAGCGGAUGCGCCCGAGAAGCUACUCCUCGACUUCGAAGCCCCUCAGCGAUCGCCUGCUGCCGCUGAACAAGGGGCUGCUCUCAAAGAUAAACCGCAUGGCUGCCCAGGGACAGCAACAGGCCAUGCCCAACCAAAAGACUGACAACAAGGAGUUAAAGGGCAGGCAGGCGGAUGACGCAAAAGCAGGCCAAGAGAUGGAAGAUGACCUGGAGCUGCUGUCCAAGGCAAAAGAUAAUGCAAAGGAACUGCCAACGCUGCCGCCGCCGGCGUUAACUACCGAGGUCCCGUCCGAAGCCAAUUUGGACUUUUUCAGCAUGGACACUAUUGUGCCGGUGACCGAUAUCGAUGCUUUGCUGCUUAGCACACCGCCCUCCGCUCCGCCGCUUCUGCGUAAGAAGACACCAGCUCCCUCCUCCUCCACCAGCAAGACACACCGUCGUCGUCGGUUUCAAACGCUUCCACAACCUCAACCCUUGUCUCAGACGCACACCCAGUCCAUGGACUGCAGCGAAUUGUACGACUUUCUGAGCUCCAGCUCGCUAAGCUCCUCCUCCGACAGUGAAGCAGAUGUGGGCCAUGGUGGCCAUCGGCGGCGCCAUGACACGGAUCGCGAGGGCGAUGAUGAACUCACCGAUUGGCCGGGCAACGAGUUUGGUCCCGGUGCCAGGUACGAUCCGAAACGGAAGCUGACAAAAAAAUCGCUGCUGCCGCAAAUUCGAUCCGACGACACCAUUGGCGAGGACGACACCCUUAUGUCGGGCACCGAGGCGGGUGCCAUGGGUGGUGGUGGAGGUGGUGGCAUAGAACCGCCACCGAAAUCACCCGAAUCUCUGCAGGAUUUGCCACGCUUCCAGCUACCAAAUGCCGUCGUCGCCUCCUCGGAGCCCAUCGAUAUUCUGAAUGCCGGCUGUGAGAUGGAAACAAAUGCAGAUGGCAGUGGCAUCAUGCCGGCGCCACGUCAAAUCGAAAGUGAGAUGUCGGGCGAAACGUCUAAUCCGUUUCUAUCCUCAUCGCCCCCCGGCCAGCACCAGGGACAGGAGGUGCGUGAAAUUCGUGCGGGCUGCCGGCGCAUAAACGGGGAACGAGCCGGGUUCAGCAUCAAGUUGAGCGUUAAUGAGCGUCUGGCCAGGUUUCUACAGGAUCCGCGACAGACCCAAAUCCGACUGCCGGAUGUUGAGCUUUACGAGCCCGAUGGCAAUCUCGGCAACCUGGCCACUCUCUACUCCCUCACCAUGCUGGUGGAGCAUGGCUGCACGGUGCUGACCAAGACCAGGAACACCACGCAAUCGGUUAGCGUGGAUCACUUCCAGCGUGGCCUUCAACAGCCGCCGCCCGAUCUCUUUGGCGACUUCAAGCGGCGCUGUUAUGGCGAGGAGGAGCAACAGGAGCCGCAGGAUCCUGACCACAAAUGAGAUCCCCCAAGACCCCGAACUAGACCAAUCCCUAGCGAAUGCUGCUGACAAGCCAGUGCGUCCCCCAUAUCGAAGUACAACUCCGUGGGGCAAACUGGAGUCUUGUUUCGCUUCGGUGGAAAAAAAGUCUUAGAUUAAGAAGAAUUUUAGCCCGUCUUUUUUUUUAUUUUUUUGUUGUGUCGUUUAUGCACCAUGUCCGUUGUAUAUACUGAAUGAAUGUCUAGGUUUCGCACAUGGUGUCUGAUUUCUCUGGUUCCUUGGAUCACAGAUCUUGGAAUCGGAGUUAACGGCCCACUUGGAAACGAGCGAGAGGUCCGAUCGAAAGCCGUUGGCAGCCUUUUUCGCUGUACAAAAUAUAUUAAUGUUUAAGAUCUUAAUUGAAUAUGAAUAUAUAUGUA